CCCAGGACCCUGCAUUCACCAUAUCUGGUCUCCCAAAGUACACAGAACAUGGAAAAUACUAAACCCAGGACCCUGCAUUCACUAUAUCUGGUCUCCCACAGACCCUGCAUUCACUAUAUCUGGUCUCCCACAGUACACAGAUCAUGGAAGCACAAUUAUUUUAGGAAAUAUAAUUUGCUAAAUACCUUUUCUCAUCAGCAGUUAGAGCAGUCUUGUGACUUCUAUCUGUGCCCAGCCGAGCACUGCUUAAAGCUUGAAGGAUGAGUUUUCUUUCUGCUCUAG